AUGCGGGCCGUGCUCUGGGACCUGCUGCUGCUGCUGCUGUGGCUCUGCGCCCGCGCGCGCGGGGACUGCCGGGGGGACUGCCUGCACUGCGAGCGCCUGCCACACCGCCACCGCCUCGACCUGCUCAUCUGCAUCCUGGAGUGCGAAGGCCAGGCCGUGCCCCGCGCCACCUGGGAGCUGUGCGCUGCCACCCUCCGAGGGUCACCGCGGCCCCGCCGCCUCUCCGGCCGGCCCUGGCCCUCGGAGCAGGAGGACAUUUCCCGGCGGCCGGGCGCGGACCGGGCGGCCAAGGGGGUGCAGAAGAGGUACGGGGGCUUCAUCGGGGUGCGCAAGUCGGCGCGGAAGUGGAACAACCAGAAGAGGUUUAGCGAGUUCCUGAAGCAGUACCUGGGCAUGGCGCCGCGCUCCACGUUCCGGCACCGCCUCCCGGCCCGGCCGAGGCCCAAUUAACCCAACCCCGGCUCGGGCCCGGCCGCGCCAGCUCCCGGCGGGACCCGAAGCGCUUCGGCUCCGGAGCCCCGAGGCCGCCAAAGCUCCGCCUACCCCGAGCCGAAGGCUCCCGAGGGUUCCCG